GAUGAGAUUCGAGCACCGUUUCUUCCCUUUCCAAACGUUGGACACGCCUCAACCUCGACUUUUCACACAAUAUCAAGAAACUUUAAGUAUAACUCUCUCUCAUAUAACAAAGGUAAGAUAAAUUUCAUUGUUAUGUACAAGGAUAGAGUAUGCCACCUCUGUGCGCCUUACUACACACGUAAAACUCUCACACCUUGUAGCAAGUCUGCCAACAAGCCGUCAACAAGUUGUGUUCGCACUGCUUGUCCCAAGUUGUCAACAAGUUUGGAACAAGCUGUCAACAACUUGCAACAACCUUGUUGCUAUUAUCGGACUUGUGGCAAGGUUGUUCUAUAACAAGUCCGAUACAGUUAUGAUAUAACAAUAUUGUUACAACCUUGUGUCGUCAACCUUGUAACAUUCUUGUUAUAUCAUGACUGUAUCAGACUUGUUGGAACAACCUUGUAACAAGUCUGAUAAUGCCACAAAGCUUGUUACAAAUUGUUAACAGCUUGUUCCAAACUUGUUACAACAACUGCGAACAAGCGGUGCGAAGACAACUUGUCGACAGCUUGUGAACAGAUUUGUAACAACUUGUUUGCAGACCUGUAACACAAUUUGUGUGUUUUUACGUUUGUAGUAAAGGGACGUUAGUUGAGCGAAGUUAUUGAAAGGGUUGGAUUGAGAAUUUCAUUUUUGUUGCAUAUAGGAAACAGAUUUAUUUGGGUUAUCCGCACGAAGUUUUCAACAGGCAAAGACGAUAUUUGAAGGAUUAUCAAAUGUUCCCCAGAAGGUAAGAAAGAAAGGACCAAAAGCUCAUUUCCACUCAAGAAAAAUUCCCGCGGUCAGAAAAUUUUCCUUAAAAUAUCAUUAGUAAAAGUUGAAAAUUUUCAGACAGAUUUGAGAUGAUCAUGUGUUUAUUAAAUUUGUGUUGUAGGUGGAUGAACUUCUAAAAGUAGCCAAGACUAACUUUGUUGUCAUGAAACUUGCUGCUGGGGGCCAUAAACACGAUUCACAGGUAAACACAGUUUGUGUACAGGGCGGACACUAGGGGGCGGGGGACACUAGGGAGCGGGGGACACUAGGGAGCGGGGGACACUAGGGAGCGGAGGACACUAGGGGGCGUGGGGAACUAGGGGGCGGGGCCUCCGUAACAAUGCGUACCUGCCAACUGUCAUCCACGUUUGAUCGUGACUUGUCUUUUAACCGAAAGCCCUUCGAUGGCCACCGACAUUUCUCCCUAACGUUGAAGUGCAUUUAAUCCACAGCAGCUUAUUGUAGAAUACUACCUGUACUGCACCACCACGUUCGAGAUUUUUUCAGGUAGUUCAGACACAAACCACGGCAGCUUAUUGUAGAAUACUACCUGUACUGCACCACCACGUUCGAGAUUUUUUUAGGUAGUUCAGACACAAACCACGGCAGCUUAUUGUAGAAUACUACCUGUACUGCACCACCACGUUCGAGAUUUUUUCAGGUAGUUCAGACACAAACCACGGCAGCUUAUUGUAGAAUACUACCUGUACUGCACCACCACGUUCGAGAUUUUUUCAGGUAGUUCAGACACAAACCACGGCAGCUUAUUGUAGAAUACUUACCUGUACUGCACCACCACGUUUGAGAUUUUUUCAGGUAGUUCAGACACAAACCACGGCAGCUUAUUGUAGAAUACUACCUGUACUGCACCACCACGUUCGAGAUUUUUUCAGGUAGUUCAGACACAAACCACGGCAGCUUAUUGUAGAAUACUUACCUGUACUGCACCACCACGUUUGAGAUUUUUCAGGUAGUUCAGACACAAACCACGGCAGCUUAUUGUAGAAUACUACCUGUACUGCACCACCACGUUUGGGAUUUUUUUCGAAUAGUUCAGACACACACCACGGCAGUUUACUGUAGAAUACUACUACCUACACUGGACCACCACGUUUGAGAUAUCUUUUUCAGGUAGUUCACACUUCAGACACAAACCAUGACAGUUUACUGUAGAAUACUACCUACACUGGACCACCACGUUUGAGAUAUAUAUUUUCAGGUAGUUCAGACACAAACCACGGCAGCUUCUUGUAGAAUACUACCUACACUGGACCACCACGUUUGAAUAUCUUUUUCAGCCUGUUCAGACACAAACCAUGACAGCUUAUUGUAGAAUACUGCCUAUACACUGGACCAACACGUUCGAAUAUAUAUUUUUAGGUAGUUCAGACACAAACCACGGCAUCUUAUUGUAGAAUACUACCUGCAAUGGACCACCACCUUUGAGACAAACAAGCAUGAAUGACCUUUAAUAAAUAUUUUAAUUUAAUUCUGUUACAGAGUCCUCCUACUUUCGACUUUUCCAUUCAUCGAGUGUAUCCUACGAUACGACUGACAUGAUGAUAUGUCAAGAAUAAUGAGGAAUAUGAUGAAUAAUGAUCGCAUAUCAAUUGCUAGAAAGGUACUGAAUCAAUUUGCCAUAAAGUUUUGUAGAAAUGCCAUGGAAAUUAUUCUUCACAAAAUGGCGGAACACAUCGGAGCGAAAUUGUUUGAAAACGUCAUUUUUGCCGCAACAAUAUGAACACGCUUUGUAAACGGAGCAAGAUGGAAAUGGAGCGCUUGGCGGCUUCGUGCGAACACAAACGCCGUUAACUUUUUUGUAGCGCUUGCAAACCUAGUAUCUCCGGUCUCAAAAUAGAAAACUCGAAUGCUUUUCGUUUAAAUUUCUUUUGCUCUAUUUGAAAUAUUUUGGAUUUACACGAGUGCUUAUUUAAUUUGUAAACAAACGUAGUGUGAGCAUACUAUCGCCCCAUGUAAGGUAAUCUAGGAAUCCAGGAAUCCAGAAUCCGACUUUUUUAAUAGCCUUGCAAUCCGGAAUCCAUACAGUGGAAUCCAGAAUCCAAACAUCGGACGAAUCCUUAUCCUGGGCCAAUUUUCUGGAAUCCGGAAUCCACAACCGAUCUGGAAUCCGGAAUCCGAGUAGUGGAAUCCAGAAUCCAUGGAGCGGAAUCCGGAAUCCAAAGAGCGGAAUCCGGAAUCCGUGGAGCGGAAUCCGGAAUCCAAGGAGUGGAAUCCGGAAUCCAAGAAGCGGAAUCCGGAAUCCAAGGAGUAUAUGGAUUACCUUACAGUACAUGGGCCGAACACUAUUUCGCUCCAGUGUGCUGUGAACAUACCGUAGUCCCAGUUAUGAUUCAAAUGUGUAUCUUCUUAAGAAUGGGAUAUCGUUUAUGGCUUCCUCGACUUUCUGCUUGUAUAAAUAUGACCAAACGAUUGUUCUUCUUGAUUUUGACGUACUCUUGUAGAUAAUACUAGCGCAGUCGUUUAAAUAGUCCUCUGUACAAGUAACUUCUAAAAACUUGCAUAAUUUCUUCAGCGGUUCCUUUGGAUUGGCGAUUACGUCUUCGCUAUGUAGUGUUAGAACACUCGAUCCAAAACGCUGUAUCAGGUUGUAGUUUUCCUUUACACCCCAUAGAUAUGUACGUAGGUUGUAUUCCAUAGCUUUUGCGUUGUUUAUCUGUACGUCGAUAAACCAACAUUUGAUUUAGGAGACAUCUUAUGAUUUAGGGCUUAGGUACUACAAAGAAGCGCUGACAAACUAAACCUGCUUGUUUAUA